GUCCAUCUUCACAUCCCCAGCCUGCCUAAAAAUAUCCCGCACCCGGCGUGAACGCGCACACGCACAUGAGUCAGCGUGGAAACUUUGGUGACCUAUCGCGUUCACGACAGACAGGCGCGUGUCAGGAUCAAAGUCUGCCGUUACGUGCCCGUGGACGUGGAGAUAAAGACUUUACUUUUACACCACAGUGCGAGUGCGUGCGUGAGUGUCCUGCCCGUAGACGUGUGACUCCAGUCUACCGAGGAGUGCACGUUGCGCGUGAGUGCGCUUGGGCGACACCACAGGACCUUUUAAGGGACGCGGCCGGAGACAUUUAGACCGAGACGGACCCUCCAGGAUCUUCUAAGACCUUUGGACGUCUUUGUCGGAGUCCACGAUGACGUCAGUGUGGAAGAGACUGCAGCGUGUUGGGAAAAAAGCUUCCAAGUUUCAGUUUGUUGCUUCUUACCAGGAACUCAUUGUUGAGUGCAAGGAGAAAUGGCAACCAGACAAGCUGCGGGUGGUUUGGACAAGGAGGAACCGACGCAUGUGCUCCAAGCUGCACAGUUGGCAGCCCGGCAUCAAGAACCCAUACAGAGGAAUGGUCCUUUGGCCCGUUCCAGAGAACAUGGACAUCUCAGUCACGCUCUUCAAGGAAGCGGGCGCUGAUGUCUUUGAGGACAAAGAGUGGACCUUCGUCAUCGAGGGUGAGAGCAAAGGUCAUCGCAAGGUGUUGGCGUCAGCUGACAUCAACCUGAAGAACUUUGCCAGUCUCACACCGACCCAAACGGACCUGAACCUUCGUCUGAAGCCGCUGUCUGUCAAAGUGGUGGAGGCGUCGCUCAGGUUGUCUGUGUCAUGCAUCUUUGUCCGUGAGGGAAAAGCCACAGAUGAAGACAUGCAAAGUCUCGCCAGCCUGAUGAGCGUCAAACCUGAUGUGGCCAACUUGGAUGACUUCAACGAGAGCGACGAGGACGGCGACAACAUGAGGACGACAGUUGCACCACGCUCUCUCACACGUCCCAAUCGCCCCGCCCCUCCUCCACCUGAGCCCAUAAACACCUCGUCAGCUGCUGUGUCGCAUCAGCGGCGCCCCCCAGAGGUCCAAACACCACAUGACCUCGGCGCCACUUCAGGUCGUCACAUUUUCACAGCUCACAUUGUCAAGUCAGACCCCCGCCCUUCCUCACCCUCGCCGUUGUACACCGAGGCUCCACCUCUCGUGUCAACAGCCCUUCAGGCGGAGUGCGUAACCUCUGAAGCCCCUCCCAUCACUGGUGACAUCAUCCCGGUGCCUCUAUGGAGUCGUCCUGACCUCGACGCCCUCUGUGAGCCCGCCGCCCCGAUUCUUCGGCCCACCUUCCCGUGUUCCUUCCUCCCUUGCUCGCCAUCUCCGGCCGCUCAGAUCAGCACCCCACCCACAGAGGCUACGUCCCCCCUCAGCCAAGCAGGCAAGGAAACAGCGCCUGCCGCCAAGGGAACAACUCCAAGCACGCUUACUGAUGGCGUCGUAGAAGCCAACCCACCAAUCAGAGCACACGAUGCCAAGGCGGCCACGCAGCCAGAAGCAGGGGGUGGCAGUGACCUCCCCAGUCCUGCCCAAUCCCAAUUAGAGACAAUAAUAGCUGCGCCCCCUCCGUGGCCGUUCUGCGAGAGCUCCAGCCCCCAGCAGCCCUCCAGCCCUGCCAAGCGUGGUGGCGGUGAUAUCGACACAGAGAAUGAUGUCGUCUUUGACAGGAGCAAGUUAGGGGGCUGCUUUGCUGAGCAGCACUCCUUGAGGAGAGGCACAGGCCUCCUCCUGCACGACACCUCCAGCAUGGUGGAGCCGGAGGACAAACAAAGACAGGAGGAGAAGAAGCGACAUGAGCAAGAAAAGAGGAUACUAGUGGAGGAAGAAAAGAAGAGACUCUUGCAGGAGCAGGAGGAGGCCAGGAAGCUGAAGGAGAGGAGGAGGCGCGAGCAAGACAGACUCCUUGAGGAAUGGAACAUAAGGCAAGAUGAGGAGGACAGGAGGAGACUGCAGGAGAUGCGUCUACUGGAGGAGGCAGAGGAGAAGAAGAAGUUGGUGCAAAAAGAGAAGGAGCAACAAAAAUUGAAAGAGAAGGAGGAACAGGAACAGGAGAGGACAAGGAGACAAGAGGAGGAGAGGAAGGACAAAGAGAAAGAGGCGAAGAGGGUGCAAAGACUGAAGGAGGUGAAGGAAAUGGAGGAGAAAAGGCAAAAGGAUGAAGCGAUGAGGAGAAAGAGUGAGGAGGAGAGAAAAAAGAAAGAGGACGAUGAGAGAAAAAGGAGAGAGGAACAGAGUAAGAAAAGGGAGGAGGAAGAGAUCAAGCGAAGGCAUGAGGAGGAGAGAAGGACAAAACUAGAGAAGGAGGAGGAGGAAAAAAGAAACAUGGAAAAGAGGAGACAUGAAGAGGAGAGAAGUAGAAAAACAAAGGAGGAGGAGAAAAGACAGGAAGAAAAGAGUAGACAUCAAGAGGAGGAGAGAAGGAGAAAAGAGGAAGAGGUGAAAAAGAGGACAGAGGAAGCGAGAAAGACAAAGGAGGAAGAGGAAAGAAAGAGGAGGAGAAAUGAGGAGGAGCAGAGAGUCAAGGAGGAAAAUGAGAGGGAAAUGCAAAGACUGAAGGAGGAGAAAGACAGGAUGGAGGAGGCAAAGAAGAGGAAGAAGCUAGAGGAGGAGACAAAGAGCAGUGAGGAGGAGGAGAGGAGGAAGAAGCUAGAGGAGCAGGAAAAAAAGCAGGAAGAAAGGAGGUGUGAAGAGGAAGAGAGGGUGAAAGGAGAAAAGGAGAGGAAGCAAAAUGAGGAAAGGAGGAAGAGACAGGAGGAACAAGAGAUGGAGCAAAAGAGGAAAGAAGAGGAAUUGAAAAGGAGGAGAGAGGAAGAGAAAAAGACCAAGGAGGAAGAGGAAAAAAAGAGGCGUAAAAAUGAGGAGGAGCAGAGAGUGAAGGAGGAAAAGGAGAGGGUGGUGCAAAGACUGAAGGAGGAGAACCACAGGGUGGAGGAGAAGAGAGAGAGUGAGGAGGAGAGACAGAAGAAAGAGGAUGAGGACAGAAAGAGGGGGGAAGAAGAGAGUAAGAAAAAGAAGGAAGAAGAGCUGAAGAGAAGGAGCGAAGAGGAGAGGAGGAAGAAGCAAGAGGAUGAAAGAAAGACAAAGGAGGAAAAGGAGAGAAAGAGGAGACAGGAGGAAGAGGAGAAAAAAAAGGAAGAAACAAGGAGUGAAGAGGAGAAAAAGACAGAGGAAAAGGAGAGGAAGAAGAGAGAGGAGGAAGAAGAAAAGAUGAAGAGGAAAAAAGAGGAGGUGAACAGGACAAGAGAGGACGAGCAAGUGGACAGAAGGAAGCAGGAAGAGAUGUUCAAGUGUCGUCCUCUGGUGGACAAAGGCUGCAUGACACCAGGACAGAACAAGUCAGCCAAUCAGAGGGAAACUGAUGAGGUGGGUGCUGUUGUUGAACAGCCAAUCACAGCCAAGGCCUUGCCUCCUGAUCAACCUGCUAUGUCAAUCACAGCCAAGGCCCCGCCUCCUGAACAGCCCGCCAAAGCAAUCAUUGACAAAACCACGGCUCCUGAUCAACCUGCCAUGUCAAUCACAGCCAAGGCCCCGCCUCCUGAGCAGCCUGCCAUGUCAAUCACAGCUAAGGCCCCGCCUCCUGAUGAGGCUGUCCAAAAAGCUCAAAAGGUGACGUUCCAAGGGGACUUCCAGCUGGACCACAAGGCAGCACCAAAGACUGCAGAGGAGAAGGAGACAACGGAGAAGGCGGGAGAAGGCAAGGAAUGUGCUGACAAGAAGGAUGAAGAGGAGGCGGAGGGCACACCUGCUGUCCACCGUGACAACCUUGGUGAUGCCACUCAAAAUGGCGUCGGGAUGAAGACGGCGGCUGCUGAUGAAGCUGUGAGCAUCACCAAGGUGCAUGAGAGUCACCACCACACUAAAGUGGCCGCUAAUUCACAAGAAGAAAGCCCCAACCUCUGCCCUUCGGCCAAGCAUCAGCUGCUCCAAGAGGAGGAACAUCUCCUAUUGGCUAAAAUCCACGUGAUGAUCUGUGACACGUCCCCCAUCGCCAGGAAGCGCCUUGUUCCUGCCCCAGGAGAGAUCCACCACGACCACAGGGCGGAGUCAGACAUUCUGGCUGAUGGCGAGGAGUCAUCAAAGCAGGGGCGGGAAGAGGACGUGUCAUGUGACGAGUGGAACACCCCGCCCCCGCCAGAUGGCGCGUCAUGUCGCCAGGUUGACACAGCAUCUGGGCCAAUCAGAGAGGAGGCUGAUGGGAAGGAUGAUACCAGCGACGACCUGGUGACCUCCAGCCAGUCGCUGCUGCAGUGGUGUCAGGAGGUCACUGCCGGCUACGCGGGGGUCAAGGUCGCUAACUUCAGCACUUCCUGGAGGAACGGCUUGGCCUUCUGCGCCAUCCUGCACCACUUCCACCCCAACCUUGUAGAUUUUGAGCGGCUGAAAUCACAUGACAUCAAAAUGAACAACAAGAAGGCCUUUGACGCAUUCGAGUCUUUGGGCAUCUCUCGCCUGCUGGAGCCGUCCGACAUGGUCCUGCUGUCGGUUCCAGACCGCCUCAUCGUCAUGACGUACCUCAGCCAGAUUCGAUCGCACUUCACCCAGCAGGACCUCAGAGUGCUGCACAUCGAGCACAACGCUAGCCACUCCAGCUACGGCCCCGCCCUCGCUGGCUCGCCGCCCUCUGACCUCCACGCCGCCGCCUUCUGUGUGGCACGACUCAACGAGGGAAGAGGUUUGCAAGAGGGAGGUGCCGCUUUGCUUGUCCCACCCCCGAGAUCCAAGAGGACGACUAAAGAAGAGUCCAUGUUUGCCGUCCCAGGGCCCAGGUCCACUUCUCAGGCAGCCAAGUCCAGACCCACACAGGAUGAAAGUGACAUCAUCAAGUUGUCCUCAGAAACCACACAGGAACCUGAGUCCCAAUGUGUCAAAGCAGAAGACAAGACGAUGGACACCAGUCAGUACGUGCUGAGCGAGCUGGUGGCGUUGGAGGCGGAGCAGAAGCACAUUGACACCAGGGCGGCGGUGGUGGAGCGUUGCCUGCGGAGCCUCAUGGAGACAGGAAGUGACCGUGACGAGGAGGAGAGGCUGAUUCAGGAAUGGUUUACUCUCGUCAACAAGAAGAAUGCUCUGAUACGAAGACAGGAUCACCUGGAGCUCAUGCAGGAGGAGCAGAACUUGGAGAGAAAGUUUGAGCUGCUGACUCGAGAGCUGCGAGUCAUGAUGGCGAUGGAAGACUGGCAGAAGUCGUGUGCUCAUCAAGAGCGUGAGCAACUCCUCCUCCAGGAGCUGGUGUCUCUGGUCAACCAGCGCGAUGACAUCAUCCAGAACCUGGACGCCAAGGAGCGAGGGGCGAUGGAGGAGGACGAGCGCCUGGAGCGCGGUCUGGCCAUGAGGAGGAGGAAGUACGACAACAAGGACAAGUGUGUGCUACAGUGACAAACGCGCACACACGUGUUUGCCAUGGCGACUGCUGCUGCUGCUAGAACGACGUGUUUGAUGUGGACAUUUCUACUUUUUGCUGUGUGGUAGAUGUCGUGAGCUGGGCUCAACAUGGCGGCUGCCUGUUUGGGGGUCAUGUGGUGCAACGGCGUGGCCAUCAACACACACGUGACCUUCAUGGCCGCAAAGCCAUGAAUAUUGUCCAAACCCUUAUGCGCUAUUUACGUGACGUCACCUGCAAGCAUGGCCAGCCACUGACUGACAUCAUUGACGUCAUCAAUGACAACCGCGUCAUCGCUGACGUCUGCAGUGUUGGGAGUGCAGUAACGGGUAAUCUAACGAUUCCAACGUUACAACGCCGUUGCCGACAUUGAAAUGCGACACGUUGUUAUGCACUGAUAUAUAUAUCGACGAUCUGGAUGUCGCACAAGUUGCCAUUGUUCACUACUGUUGCUCACUCUCAGGAAAACAUUGUUUCGGUAGCGUUUCCGUAGAGACUCGCAAGCCUUGAGCUCGGCCCUAAUCCCGUGAGACAUGCCUUCGCGGCAAUUUUUGGUCAUACUUGAAGGCUUUUCAGAAAAGUAACGAAAUAAUUAGUUACUAAUUUAAUAUAUGAAUGAGUAAUUGCGUUAUAAUUCUAACUUUUUUUUGGGAAAGUAACUCGGAGCUAAUUACUUCUUCAAAGUAAUUUGCCCAACACUGUUCAUUAGUGAUCAGCGCCAACGUCAGAGACAUCAUGAGUGUGACGUCAGUCGUGACUGAUAGACGACGACUUGGUUUCAAUCUCUUGACAUCAAUGAUGUCAUAGUAAGGGGAGAAAAAGUUUUACCUGCAGUCACAAAACUUUGUGAAGUCAACAUGGUACAUGAUACGCCACAUGAGCAGCCGAGGGGCGGAACCAAUAAGUCUUUUGUACUGGUUGUUUGAGGAGCCACCAGCAGGUGGCGCCACAACCUAUAUCUUUUUAUACUUGAAAAAGCCAAGAAUGUUUGAAAGAAGGAAACUUUAAUAUAUUAAAGUAUUAAAGAUAUUUACUCAAAGUGCUUUUUUAGUUUUCGAUACAGCUAACUAAAAAUAACAAUGUGUGUGUGUGUGCGGACGCACGCGCGCACGGAGACAUUAAAAGGAAAAGUCCCAUGAUGAGAGUGCCUGCCAGGAGCAACAAGACGUGAAGGAAAGACGUGAAGGAAAGUGAACAAUGUGGCAGGCUGGGAAGAAGAGAAAGGAGGAAAAGAAAAUGACCUUUUUGAAGAGCACAAAUGAUCAGCGUCUUCAAUGGAAACACCACGAAAGAGGAACUCUGCAUGGAAACGACAACAUUCUAGAACCUUAUGUCUCCAAGACAACACCAGCAGCCAGAAAGUACUUGAUCAGGACCCAUCUGAACCAAAGUGGACCUGACCGUUUGUGUUAGAAGACACUACACACUAGUGAAGGCUACCAAAGCCUGUGGUUGGUACCUACAACUACGUGACCUGUCAGACCCCAGUGAUACCAUUGAGCAGCAGAAGGCACAGUUGACACGUGCACAUAAAAACCGGCGCUUGGCUUAGUGUGAGGAAAAGUUGAGCUUUUCCACACUUGCUUUCUUCAAACUCAGCAGCUUGAUGAUGCUUCUUUGUCACAUGACACCCUCCCCCUCCUUUUCUGAGCACAGCUUCCACAGAGUCCUACUUUUCCACAUGGUGGAUGCUUUGUUCCUUUCUCAAACUUUCCAUGACUUUCUUCCCUGCUCUGUGUGUGUGUUUAGUCCAAGUCAUUCUGUCAAUACAUAUUUCCUGCUCGAUUGAAGGUCUAACUUGAUUG